UUCAAAGGACCAACUAUCAAGCAUCAGCCAUCAAGCAUCAACCAUCAAGCAUCAAGCAUCAACCAUCAAGCAUCAAGCAUCAACCAUCAACCAUCAAGGAAGAAGGCUGGAAGACGAGAUCCAAACCGGUCUAUACACGGGAUGCAAGGCACGCUGCUCGCGCCGCAACGCAGUUUCAAGCUGUCACUAAUCGAUCAUACAUUUAAAACACGCGUCGCGUCGCGUCAUGCUCAAAGUCCAAGCGCAUCACCGACAGCAGUUGACGUUGACUAGAUGCUGAACGGUGCCUUGGCUUCACAAGGCCUUCCCUAGCGAUUCUGAAAAGCUGCAGGCUACUAACGGUGAAUGAUGAGUUGAUCAUGAUGAUGAGCCGGCUCUGACCGGCAAGCACGGACAGCGGAAUGGCUUGACGCAGGCGGGGCCAUGUUCCUCUUUUCAUAGCGGACAGGAGACGAGAGCUGGGAGUGGAGGCGAUGGAGAGGUGAUUGAUUUGGCGUCCCCUGCGUGUGUACCGUCCCUCCAAUCUCCCGCGAUCCGACGCUCUCUCAGCUUGCUCCCUCCUCUCCCGCCCUCCUGACACCACUCACAGCAUCGCAGCUUGCGGGUCCCGUCACUUUGCUCUCAAUAAAACUCACAACAUGCCGUAUUCGUUUGACGCUACCACCGCGGGCAGACCCAACCUCGCAAAACGAAAUACGGCUCCUUCUCCUGUAACUCUUCUUCAACUUCCGUCUCUUGAAGCGCUCCCCACUCCCCACAAGGAUCGCGCACGCCGUGCCGCUUCCCAAUCACAUCUACCUAGUCUGGAGGAUUCAAGUAUCAAACCGCAAUCUAUUUUCCAAAAGCUAAGGUCGAAACGGCCACAAUCAUCUUUGACAGCCAUGCCGCCUCUUCUCAAGUCGCGUCGUCCCUCUUCACCCAAAGAACAAACGUCUUUCUUUCACUUUGAUCUGACUGCGAUGGUCACGGCAUUCGAACUUCGUCCCAAGGCGACUCGCACCAAUACUUCUCGCUCUACCAAGAAUGAAUCCAUGCCUUCUUCUCUCCUUCCAGGUGAAUCCUUCACUCCCUUCUCUACACCAUCAAACACAUACUCCAUGCCUUCACUCGCUGCAUUGCCGAGUAUCCAACACGUCAUGGACGCGUACGACAUUACCCAUUCGAAGAACUCUAUGUACCAAGAGAAGCAACAGGAGCGAGUGAGCAAAGAGCAAAAGAAGAAGAAACGGGAAACGAUCAAGCUGCCUAUGAUGAAGCCUCCUCCCAAAUUAUCGAAUUACUGUAGUAAGAGAGAGGAACUUGAGAUUCUUGAUGGUGAUGACUGGGAAUACGACUUUCUUCGCGACAUUUCCACUUCACUUACCCAACCUCCAACUCCAACCGUGCCCACUCAUUCUCACAACCAUCGGCAGCGAAAUUAUUCUAUUCCUGUUGCGCUCGACUAUACUAUACGCAUUCCUGCCUCCCAGCGCGACCCGCGAUCUCCAAACAUCAGAUCUCACAACUCUGGCUCAUUCGAGCAAGAUAUUGGCUCGUUCGGUACAGACAGGUCACAUGAUAUAUGGUUACAAAAUCAAGUCGAUACACUGGAGGAGGUCGAGAGAGGAGCAGUGAGAGAGUUGGAGCAAAUGAGUGGGAGGCUAAUGACUGAUGGUUGGGGUUAUGGUAAUGGAAGUGCAAGUUGCCGUGCAAGUGGUCGAGCUAAUCGUGCUUCACAGCCCGAGUUACCUGUUACCCAUUCACCACUUCCACCAGAACCCUUAACCGCCCCCAUCCUAGUCACGGAAACCCCUACUCCUCAACCACAAAAACAUGUGAGCGAACACGACCAAACCGAUAAAUUCCGUCAGCGCGAACGUUCCCACAUCCAAGGCAGUAACAUCAUCUCCGUCCCCCGAGCGAGACCCGUCUCAGAACAACGUCCUCCAACAAAAGAGCUGCUAUCCACUUCGCCUAAUGUGUACAGUCCAGUGGGAAGAGUGGGGAGCAGUAAUUCGUUGGGAGGGGGUGGCCACGGGGGCAGCGCAAGUGCAAAGGUAGAAAGGGAGGACAAACGGUGCGGAUCAUUUACAAUGUACGCAAACACAAACAUACCUCUUCCCCCGGCGCCUCCUCCGCCUACCGGUGUACCUCUCCCCGCUCCUCCUAUUGGCGGUGUUUGCGUUUCCCAGCAGGUACCUCUUUAUCUUGCAGGUGCAGAUGAAAAGGUCGAGUGGUCAUCAGGUGCAAGUGCAGGUGCAGGCGUAGUCGGAGUUAAAAACCAAUUCAAGGUCAGCGAGAAUGAUCGGCCUGUCGAGGUGACUUAUGAAGUUCUCACCAAUACGCGGGCCACACUUGGGCUAGCUGCAGCCGCUGUUAUUGCGCCGCCGCCCAUCCCACCACGUUCAGCUGAAAGAGGGUACAGUGGGAGGAAAGAAAUCAAACGGACGACUUCAAAUUCUUAUCCCGUUACUCAUCAUGCAGCCCAUGCUAUCGCCACUGCUGAGCCUUUGCACCAGCAGACCACUAGUUCAAGCAUACAUGACUCGCAGCACGACAAGCUUGCGUCAGUAGAUGGUCAGGGCGAGACAAAAGAACAGAAGGGGAAAUUACAGACGGAUGGCACGGCGGUGAACGGGCUGAGUUUGGGUAUGUUGAAGCCCAAGAGAGCGAGUACGGGAGGGAAAAAGAGAGGGGAUAGGGAUAUACUGUUGCCGAAGAGGCAAGACUCUGGUUCAUCCGCGCAAUCUCAGCCCAUCCAAAAACGACCUCUCCCGCCUAUCCCGAUCCAGCCAAGUUCACCCGGGACGUCCCUCAUCUCCAAACACCGUAGACGACCUUCCACCGCCCCUGUCCCGGCGCCAGUAUACUUUUCAUCGCCCCGAUCAACCGAUUCCCACUCUCAUUCCAACUCCAAUUCCAACCCUAUCACCCCCGAAAAACCCCGCAGACUUUUACCUCGCGACGAACCCCGACUCUCCCUCUCCCCUUCUUCCUCGACUCAUACCCGCGAUGAAAGUUUCUCGCACGACAGAGAUAGAGACAGAGAAAGGAAAAAAGUCCGACAAGACCUCUUUGCGAUGGGUUUCUUGGCACUGGACGAGAUGUACUUGCGACAGUCACUUGCGCUGGCUCAGCAGCCACCCACGCCGCCUAUGCCGAGUAAAAUUGCAUUCGGAGCGAUGGGGGCUGCAAAGGGGAUGGUGAAAGGGUUGAAAGCGAGGGUGAGCAACGCUCCAAGCAUGGUAUCGCACAGUGGAUUUGUGACAACUCCUCCCACGCACAAGGUCAACGGGCAAAAACGGGAGAGCAGCGCUCCUCAAAGGAAAGAGGGAGGGGCAAGGGAAGAAGGGGAUAGUCUGGACUUUUCGGUGAAUGACAACGAAGGUUGGAGCAGACCUACCUCGGCAGAAGCAGUGUACAUUAUGCCGCCCGCAGAGAGGAGUAAGAUUGGGUCGCAUGAGGUCGACAAGAAACGCUCCAGGCACCAAAGUCGGGGCGCGGAGAAAGCCAAGCAACAAAAGGGGGAAGGGAUUGAAGAUGAAUUUCAAGGGGAAUUUGGAAGUGGGAGCUCUGUACCGGGUAGUGAAGAGAGAUCCGGCGAGGAGGGCGAGACGUCGAUAGGCAUGAUCUCGCUUUGGGGCCAUGGGAAAGAAGGACGUAAAGAGGAAUGGCACACUGUAAAGGAAUACGACUCGACGAAGCAUCUUUCCCUCAAACUUGCUCAAGGACGUCAAGCAGCUCAAACGAUGCUUUUCUCCCUUCCUACCGGCACCGCAACGCAUACCAAAGCAAGACCACCCCCUAUCGACGUCUCAUCUGCGACAAUUGACGGUUGGAAAAUAAAAGAGAUUGAAAAGAGAGGUCAUAGACCCAGUCUCUUACCCCCUCCAAGACCUAGGAGAAUGACAGCUUCAGGUCAAGGGAGAGGGGGAAGCACCGAAAGCUCAAAAGGGAGACCAGUGUCCCCCUUGGAUGGUGUAGUAGACAAACGAAACACAUUCUUCAAUCUCUCAAGACCUUCAAAGCCAGUUAUCCCUGAUGCGGCGUACUCACCUUUGAUCCAGACGCCCGCCCAGGCGGUUGCGCAAAACUACUUUCCCUUCAUACCUGCUAACAUUAUCCAUACCUCUGCACAUGAUAUCCCCCGUCGUCCGAGCGAUCAUGCCUCCGAACACCACCAACACCUACCCCAACGCCAAGGCCAAGCUCACCCUUUCUUACCUUACUCAACCCCAACCACCCCCAAAUCCAAACCCAGACCGCAUACAUCCAACUCUGCCCAUCACUCAUUCACCUCGCUCUCACUUACACUUUCAUCUAUUUCCGCCGCAUCGGACUCGACGGCGGAUAAGGAGAAAGAGGAAAAAGAACGCCAGAGGAAGCUGUUGAUGAGUGCAUGGCUUGCAAGUAAGCCUGUGAGAAGGAGUAAACAAGAGCAGGCUGGAGAGACUGCGCCUGCUGCUUUGGGAGGAGGAGGAACCGCCGGAGAGGUUAGGAAGGAAGGAAGACCAGGGACUAUUAGCGCAGGUAUGGGGAUGAAGAGGGACGAAGAUGCGGGAUCAGCAUAUAGGAGGGCGAGUUUAGAUAAUAGGAGGUUUUGAUGGUUGUUUGGGUCGAGUUGUGACAUGAAGAAAUGCGAGAGGCACCAUUUUUUUACGAUAAUCUUAUCUACAUGCGAACCACACCUUGUAUUGUUUCAUGUCCAACGACGGAAAAUUAUUAUGAAACAUAGACGAUGUUGCUCAUGUUAAAAGACAGUAGCUUGGUC